AUGGCCUCACCUACGCCUCAACUCGUCUUUCAUGACAACCAUGCUGCUCACAACGGACAGCAGCAAUCGGUCAUCCACCUUGCAGGAAACACCGUCCUUGAUAUCCUUGGAGAGCGACCAGAGUUCUCGAAGCUCUUGGGGCUGAUCCAGAAGGAUAAUGAUCUGAGAAACCUUCUCGGAGACCCAGCUACCCAGCCCACUCUGUUUGCACCAACCAACGAGGCGUUCGACUCUGUCGACGACAUUGACUACCCUACACACGAUGUACUCAUGUACCACAUCGCCGCCCAGCCCUACAACUCCUCAAGACUACACGACGAGUUUGUCAUCAGCACCCUCUUUGACUCUGAUGGUCUCGACAACUCCCCUCAGCGUUUGCGUAUCACUCUUUCCGAGCCUGGCAUCCCUUCCACCUCAGUGGAGGGUGUUCGAAACUCGUUGUGGAAAGAGGAGCCCGAGGUCUGGAUCUCAGAGAAGUCCCACGACACGAAGGCUAGUUUGUAUGUCAACCGCGCCAAGGUCAUUUUGCCAGAUCUACUUGCCCAGUCUGGUGGUAUGGUCCACGGUGUCAACUGCAUCAUUCGCCCUCCUGGUGAGACCAUUCUCGAUGAAGUUAUGCGUCAUGGCAUGCAUUUUACGUACCUCACCAAGGCCUGGACUGAGACCGGUGUUGACGGCCAUAUCCGCGACGGCAAGAGCAUGACCCUCUUUGCCGCCCACGACAAGGCCUGGAAAGCCUUACCAAAGAAGUUGUUUAAAUGGCUCUUCUCAGACAUGGGUCGCGAGCACUUGAAGAUCUUGUCAAUGUACCAGAUCGCAAACAAGGUCGUCUACACCCCCGAAAUCUUGAACAAGACCAACAAAGAUGGCAAGUCGACCUACCCUCGGCUUGACCUUCACACCCUCCUGAACUCUCCCGCCUUUGAGCUCCAUGUGCAGGGCAAGGUUAGAAAGUCGAACGAAAAGGAUGAAAGCAGCCACAAGAUGAUUGAGUACAAGCCCUUGGGUCUGACUGACCUGAUCGAGACCUUCAAGUUCCGUAAGCUGUUUGGACUGGGUGAUCCCACUACUCCCACUCCUUGCGAGCCUGAUCACCACUUCCCUCACAAGGAUCUUGAUCAUCCUCACAAGGGCGGAAAGCACCACAGCCACCGCCAUCACGGCCACCACCGAAAGCCCAAGCACCCCGGUUCAGCAGCCCCCCGUCGCGACGAUAUCGUUGUCAACGGCAACGCCGAGGUCAUCCAUGGACUCGAGAACUGGAUCGCUGGUAACGGUGUGAUCCAUGUUGUCGACAAGGUCUUGAUGCCACCUCGCAGAAAAGGAUGCGAGAAGAUGACGGCUUUGGAAUGUUCUGCCUGGGAGACGAUCUGGGAUCUUGGCAACGUUGGUUUGGGAUCUGUUGUUGAGGAUUCUGUUGACUGUAUUGACGACAUGACGUUGUUUGACGACAUUGAAGGUGUCCUUGGGAAGAUUAAGAACCCCUUCCAGCCCCUCUGGAGUGCUGACGAGGAUGUUGCUGAGAUGGCAUUUAAGGAGGAGGAGGACGACUAUGGGGAAUACUAG